UCUGGUUGAGUCCAUCCACGGAGCCUCGACUCUGAAGCGCGUGCUGCAGCCUGUGAGGGCGACCGGCCGUCGGACGGAGGGUCCCUCGCGGGGAGGCUGCUUAUCUGCGCGUGUGUUUGCCUUGGUGACGACAGAGCUGCAGGUUCAGGCAGAGUCGACGUGUGACGCGCGAUGGGGAGUGACCUGAGCGCCGGGUCUUUGACUCACAGGGGAGUCAGCGCUGCUCACACACACACACACAGAGGCAGGAGGAGGCAGCAGCACGGCACCAGGUGGCCAAAAAAAGGAAAAGGAGAAAAGCGUGUGUGAGAAGUAGACGUGCCACAGAGUCCAGACACCAGAAGUCAAAGAAAGAGCAGGAAACGGAAAAACAAAGCAUGACCAUCGGCAAGAGCUCGAGAAAGGCCUCGGUGCGGAGCUCCAUCCGAGCCCCAAAGUUUCUGGACAAAGCCAGCGGCUUCUACGGCCGCCUGGACGAGCUGGAGGCCGUGGAGGGAAGCGGAGCGGAGCGGAACGUGACGGGCGGCGGCGGCAGAGAGGACGGAGGCGCGAGGAGCCCGAGGGUGGAAAAGGAGGAAGCUGGAGCGGCUGAUUUCAGCGAAGGCGUCGUGGGAGACGACGGCGAGACUCUGCUCCAGAGGAAACCCGGCCGCCACAGCAGCAGGUGGAGAAGGAGCUCCCGGAGGAGGCAGAAGGAGGGCGAGAAGGAGAACGCAGCCGAGCCACACGCCGCUGAGAGCGAGGCAGAGGUGGAGGAGAGAAAGGUGGAGGAGGAGGAGAGGGGGAGGGAGCCCGCGCUGGUUCACUUCCCAACUCGGGAGGACGCGGACGACCAGGUCCUGAUCAGAGACAAGAAGGCCGGGGGAGCAGAGGAGGGAGAGGAGGAGAGGGGCUCGAAGAGGGAACAGGAGAAGGGGAUGAAGGUGGCGAAGAGGAACACGAUGAAGAACUACCGCAAGGCCUUGGACCGGGCGUUCCGCCGCGGCUGGGACGCCUUCGUGGCCAACCUCUACAGCGUCACCCUCGCACCCGUGACCCCUCCGCCCUCUUCAGGACAGAAGAACCUGCACAGAUCCGUGUUGGCCGAGUUUCGGUAGAGCUGGAGAUAAAAUGAGGCCCUUUCUAGCAAUUAGUAUUUAUGAAGGUGCUGAACCGAGACUUUUAUAUGCUCUGAGCGUAUUUGAAUCGUGCAAUAGGCCUCAGAAACAAUGAUUGUUUAUUUGAGUUACUAGGUCUUAAUUACUCACUAUGAACGUGUCACAUUAUGUUGCACAUUAGCUGCUACAGACUGCAGGUGUUCUGUUUUAAUGGAGGAACCAAGCUGUUGACUUUACUGUGAUGCCAGUUAAGUCUGGCUUGUAUGUGGCAGAGUUCAGCUACAGCUGGUUCCCAUUUUACUUGCAGCACUUCAUCUCCACUUCUAGGAGCUUGUGGUGCAAAGGGGCCGCUGCUUUCUUUUGUUUAGCAUUAUGAAACUGCUAAUGUGUUGAUGUGCAAACAGAGGGAGGGGAAAAUUCCAGCUGAGCAGCGAUGACUGAUGUGUCUGACGUCUGUUUGAGUGAGAGUCGACUUCUGUUGAAAAUCAGUGCCAGCUAAUAAGCAGUCAGUUGUGGUUAAUGACAAGUAGACAAAUGCACAAAUAUAAGCCUGACUAAUCAGUGUGAAGACAUUGUCGUUGUGAUUCACGUUAACACAGGAGUAUUUGUAACAUUUUAUGGGGACAUUGCACAGUUUAUGUAUUUACAACCAACAAAAUUACACAAGAGCUAUCUCAUCCCUGUGUGUGUGUCUUCGGGUGUGGGUUGUUUAACCUGAAGCGACAAACAAUGUCAUGAACGAAUAUUUAGUUAUUAUAUAUAUAUAUAUAAUUAAUUAUAAUUAUAUAUAUAUAUAUAUAGAAUGCAAUUAUUAGUGCUCCAAUAAAUGUGCUAACAAUUUAAAUAUCAUUGUUAUCGUCAGAGUAACAGGCCGCACAGAAACAAUAGUUUACCAUAAACAAGUGUAGCCGGCAUCAGACACAUAAAAGCCAUGAAAAGAUACAUGAGGACUUUAUAUAGAGGCCUUACUCUGGUCCCCUAUGUAAAGAUUGUGCUUAUUUAGGUGUGGAUGCCUGUUCUAUGUUUGUACCCAGCAGCUUUUUGUGUCUAAAACACACAUUCCAGAAGUAACUGUAAUAGACGACAGCUUUAUUAUAAAGCUAUAAAGCUCUGCUGGAGUCUUGAAGAAUCCACUUUGUGUUUCAGAGAGUUUGUCUCCAUCGUGUGGUUGUUUUAAAAACAAAAUGUUUUUCUCAGCGGAAAUGACGUCACACCGGCACAAGUUAUUUAAUCGUUUCCCCAGUUGAACUUCGUUCGCUUUGCAAACGACAACUUUAACAAUAUAAAGCAUUUUUAUAGUUACACGACAAUAUAAUACAUUAAAAUUUAAAUAAUCCAGAGUUGAAUGUAAUUUUCGGAAAUCUCAGAGCGGGAAGAGCUGCUGAGGUCUGUCCGGUGGGAGGAGUCGUUCAGGCGGGACAUAAAAGUCAGACGGACCCGUUUCUUCUUCCACUUCCUUCUCUCAUCUGAUCGAGAUGGUGAGGACUCGUGCGUCAGCUGUUUGCUAUACAGCUGUGGCGGCAGAUGUGCAGCAGCCUCUUCACAAGUUAAGCGAGAGUCCAAGUUGACAGGCAAGAAUAAAGAUCUUUAAGCAGGCUGUGCUGAAAUCUCUUGCCGAACUCCUAAAACAAUGUGGAACACUCAGGUCUGAGUUGGUCUGAAAUUUGAGGAACGAUCCACUGCAUUUCAGUGGUCUUCAUGAGCAAGUUCUUUAAAGUGCAACAUGACUCUUCCAAAUGAAUAUGCUGUACUGACUGACGUACUGGCUUUACCAACUUCUGCUAGAUGUUUCAACUCGGGCAGAUGACAACUGUUUGUUGCUAAAGUCUUGAUCAGCUACCUUACUGAUGGCCUCAGCAUCUUCUAGAUGCAUCAGUCUGGGCAGAUGAUGGGUCUUGCAACAUUUAUGAUCAAGUAAAGUGAUUCAUUAGGACCACUUAAACUGAGGCACACUACCCCUGUAAACAAAAGAUUAAGGUAUUUUGCUGCCAGGUUGGAUGGGGAUCCUGUCCCACAGAGGUUAUGACUCUGCACAAAUCAAGCUGCUUCAAUAUGUGACUGAAUGGAAUGUUUUGAAGAUGAUCCCAUUCAAGUCUGUGGCACAGCUAUGCAUACUGCUCUGUAAUGUCUGUCUCUGAUGUACAAAAGUGACUUUAAAAUAAAUGAUAUUUAAACAAAU